GUAUACAUUGUUACAUUUUCAUUUUCCACUCUUUGCUUACUCUAGUCAUUUUUCUUUAAAUAUAAUUUCCGCUCUUCGCUGGCUUCUUGUCAUUCGGGUAUACCGAUGCUCUUUGCUUGCCCAUUUCCCCUCUUUUCUCUGGAAUUUCCACUGAUUUUUUCUGUCUGAUUUGCUGAUUGUGUCUUUCCGUAAAACCAUGUAUAUAUACGAAAUUACAAAAGGGAAGUUUUGGGUCUGAAGAGGAAAUGGUACUAAUAACUUUUACAUGGCGAUAUGGUGGUAGUCAAGUUUUCCUCUAUGGUUCCUUCAAUGGCUGGACUGAUCAGCUACUGAUGAAUUUGGUGGAGGGUUCGGCCGCCGUUUUUCAGAGGAUCAUUGAUCUUCCACCAGGUUAUCAUCAGUACAAAUUCUUGAUUGAUGGAACCUGGCAAGUCGACCAGGAACAGCUUUGUGUUCAGGAUGAAUAUGGUGCAAUCAAUAACUUAAUAUUUGUUAAGGAAUCAGAUUCCACACCUUCUGCCUUACUAAGAGAGGAUACUCAGUCGAAGUUGGUCUCGGGUUUUGCUAGAAGCAUGCAUCUUGAGGCUUCAUCUUCACGUGGACUACAGCUUGAACCAGUCAUGCAGUUGUCAGCCAAUGAAAUAGAUGUUUCCCGCCGUCGUCUAUUCAUGUUGUUGUCAUCUUCCCGAGCAGAUGGGCUGAUUCCAAAUUCAGGAAAGGUCUUUGCAUUAGAUUCUGAAGUGGCUGUUAAACAGGCUUUUCAUAUCAUGUAUGAACAGGGACUUGCUGUGAUGCCUCUUUGGGAUGAGCGGAAUGCAAAGAUAUCGGGAAUGCUUACUGCUUCUGAUUUCAUUUUGAUAUUGUUGAAGCUCCAUGGAAGUCAUUCAAUGCUGAGCAACGAUGAGCUUGAAAGGCACACUGUUUCAGCUUGGAAAUACGAAAAAUUCCAACUGCAUGCAGAAGUGUCAGGGCCUAUGAUACCUCCAAACAGAAGGGUGUUACUGCAAGCUGGACCUGAUGACUCACUGAAAGAUGUGGCCCUAUUAUUAUUACACAAUAAGAUCUCUGCAGUUCCACUUUUACAUUCACCAGAAGACGAGUCAUGUGUGCAGUUGUUGCAUACUGCAUGCCUUGCAGGAAUAUCAAAGCACAUAUGCAGGCAUUUUAGGCACUCUCUUGAGUAUCUGCCUCUUCUGCAGCAACCAGUGGGUAAUCUUCCAUUAGGUACAUGGGCAAGAGAAGUUGGUGGAAGGGCAAGCAGCCGUGAUUUGUUAACAUUAUACAGCAGAGAUCCCCUUAGUUCUGCUCUUAAAUUACUAAUAGAAGGUCAGAUAAGUUCAAUACCUAUCCUUGAUGAUAAUGGAGCCCUUAUAAAUGUGUACUCUCGGAGUGAUGUUACCUCUUUGGCGAGAAGCAAUGUGUAUGCUCGCUUUCGGCUUGACCAGAUGAUAAUGGCUCAAGUCCUGGAGGUCUUAGAUGAAGCAUCUUGUGAUCGUUGUAGGACAUGCACACGUUUUGAUUCAUUGUAUAAGAUAAUGGAGCUCCUUUCAGAUCCAAUCACAAGGCGCAUUGUGGUCAUUGAUCCCAAUACCCGGCAUGUAAAAGGCAUAAUCACAUUGAGAGACGUGUUUAAUCUUCUUUUAAGCUGAAAUAUCUCUUGAACGAUGUCGCGGUUCAUUGUUUCUUUGGCAGGUGGGAGUAAACUAGUAUGAUGGCUUGGUAAUGGCUGCUCAUUUGCUCGAAGAGAAUUUGUGUCACUAUGCGUUAGGCUGAGGGGGAAGGAUGAAUACAAAUUAUUCAUACAAUUAUGCAAUAAAGCAUAACCCAGCGGUAUUGCCUUCAGUAGCUCUUGGAAGAGAAAUGCUAUGUAAGAAUUGUUUAUAACAGACGAAGUUUGUGUAGUCAAGGAAAAAAAAA